AAAUAAUAAUCAUAAUUUCAGCAAUAGUUAACUUCUUUGUUUAUUUAAUAACAGGAUGAAUUCCACUGAAGUCAUACACGAUUACGACAAUGCUGAUACCAUAAGUAUUGAUACUUUGGCCUUAUAUGAAGACAUUGAAGAAGAAAGAAAUAAAGAGAUCUCUGAGCUUACUAGACUCAGUAAGAAAACAUGUUUUUUGCACACAAAGCUACUAUAUUAUCGCAAUGCAGAGUCGGAGCUUGGAGCAGCUUGUCACAACGCAUGGAGGACCAUCGUCAAGUCUGUCCAAGGAUCUCAAGACUGCUGGAGAGAGCUGGGACAUUAUUUGGGCAUAUCCCAAGAUGAUUUGAAUUAUAUCAAACAUUCCAUCAAGAAUGAUCCAACAGACAUUGUACUCAAAUUGUUCAUGCAAGAUGAAGAUGCAACAUUAGAUAAAAUAUUGGAUGUUUUAGUUAAAAUGAAAAGGUUUGACAUUCUGAAGAAAAUAGAAGACCCUGUCACUGAAAUGGUAGCUUAUUUCAACAAGGAUGAAGGUAAAUCAGACACUGGGUAUCACAGCAACAACAGUGCAAGUGAGAGGAAGAUCAUUACACUGAAAUCAUUGGUAAAUGAUUUACCACCAGCUCUUAAUAAAAGUAUUAACACAGAGAAAAAACCAAAUCAACCACAGCAGCUGCCCCCGAAAGUGUCUGAAACCAAGAACAUUGAAAGACUGAAAAAUGACAAACCUAUUCUAUUCUUGACUUUCACUGAGGAUGGCAUUGAGACUGCUAUGAAUAUUCAAGAUAAAGUCAAUGAUUGGUUUGAUAUGGAAGUACAAGUCAUCACGCUGGAGGACAGAAGAGAUGAUGUUAUACAAAACCCUGAAAAGUUCAUUAGAGAAUACUUUGAAAAGGCUGACUACAUAGUACCUUUGAUAACUACUGGAUACAUAGAUGAGAUCAAUGGCUACGGACCCGGUGCGCCCAGCACAUCUGACAACCUCGACUGCAAAUAUGUCAACUUCAUAUACAAUUUAAUAUCAAACCAGUACAUGCACAUCACUGGGUGUCUCAACAAGAAAGUCAGGAGUGUAUUGCCAGAAAAUGCUGAUGUGAAAGUUCUACGGAAUAUUUCUUUGUACCCUGCCUUGAUUCCUUGGACUCAUGAGAUGUCCUUUGAUGAACAAUUUAGAAUAUUUUUAAAGGAUUACUCAACAUAAUAUUAAAAACAAUAGUAUUGUGCCUAAUGAAAAUUAAAACUAAGGUGGCUAUUAGGUUAAUUU